AUGAGUGGUGAUCAAGUCCAAUCUCGUGUUGAACUUGAUCAAAAUGGUCGAUUAAUGUUCAUUCCUGGUAGUAAUCGAUUGCUUAUUUAUGAUGAACCUAAUGUAUAUGAAUAUAAUUUACAAGGCGAUAAAAUUGCUUGGCAAGAUAUCUCUCAAACAAAAUCAGUUGAUGUUGGUAGACCCCAACGUAACCCCCAAACUACCGUCAACAUAUUCGACGUAGCAAGGUGGAUAAUAACUGUUAACCUUACGACCGGAAAGAAGACUGAUCGACUGACAUGGAGUGAUGAUGCUGGUGUUGUGUAUGUUGAUGAUGAUUAUCUUUAUGUUUGGGAAGAUGAUGAAUGUAGCUUGAAAUGUUACAAGUUUGGGGAUGGUGAAUAUCAAUUACUGCAAAAUAUUGACUACCAAUGGGAGGAAGGAUUAAUGUGUAAAAUAAUGAUGAAUUCUAACCCUCAUAAGAUUGAACAUUCGCCUCUUCGGAUGGAGAAAGAAGAAUUAGUUGAUGUAUGGGGAGAGAAAGAUGCCGAAAUGAUUGCUAAUGCAAUGGGCGUAGAGCAUUUUUUGCUACUACUGGAAAAUGGAGACCAUAUAGCAAUACUCGACCUACGGGGAAAUUUACGCAUGAAAAGACACAAAGACAAUAUCAAAUACUUCCAUCCUUUCACACACACACAAUUCUUCAACCAUGAAAAUCUAUGGUCGGACAAGCAGUUAAUCCUAUAUGAAAAUCGAUCUAGUUUGAAUAUUUAUAACCCCCAAACACUACAGCUACAAAUCACUCUACCAUUCCCUCACUUCCAGAUAGGGGACAUGCAAUGGAAUCUUCAACACUCUCAACUCAUCAUCAGGAGUGAUCAGGAUUACUGCUUAGUAACCCACGUGAAAAAGACAUGA